GAGUCCAGCUGUAACCGGUUACCGGAGACUCUCUCAUCAUCACAUACACGGCAGCGCUGUAUGGUCAAACACCACAACAAUUAUUCUCCGGAGCGGCUUUAUGAUUAAGCUACAAUCUUCAAUGAGUAAGCAUAUUCCACAGUUCUGUGGUGUUUUGGGUCACACAUUUAUGGAGUUUCUGAAGGGCAGUGGGGACUACUGCCAGGCUCAGCACGGCGUUUAUGCAGAGAAGUGAACGGCUAGCCUCGCUACCUCAUCAGAAGAGAGACUUGUGUUACAGUUUUAACGUUGGCGGGAUCGGGCUUGGAGAGCAGGUGUCCACAGCGGUCGGCGGUUCUGGAUGGGGUAAAAAAAGUCUCUUGAAGUGCACUGCCCUCGCCGGCCCUACGUCUUCACUCUCACCAGAGAACCAGCCUUGUUUUCUUUAGUUUUUUGGUUGUCUCCUCUGUUUUCCCUGUUGUUACAAGAGAGAGUUUCUCACACUUUUCUUUAAGAUUUUCAAGCUGUUUUAUUUUGAAAAGUCCAAAAUGGCUCGUAUGAAUAGACCUGCCCCAGUGGAGAUCACUUACAAAAACAUGAGAUUCCUCAUUACCCACAACCCCACUAAUGCCACGCUUCACAAGUUCAUUGAGGAACUGAAGAAAUAUGGUGUGACGACUAUUGUUAGAGUGUGUGAGGCCACGUAUGAUACAAAGCUGGUUGUUAAAGAAGGCAUUCAGGUUCUGGAUUGGCCCUUUGACGAUGGCGCUCCUCCCUCUAACCAGAUCGUUGAUGAUUGGCUGAAUCUUCUUCGGCUCAAGUUUAGGGAGGAGCCAGGCUGCUGCAUUGCCGUACACUGCGUUGCAGGCCUUGGAAGAGCCCCAGUUCUGGUUGCCCUGGCCCUUAUUGAGUGUGGGAUGAAAUACGAGGAUGCUGUUCAGUUUAUACGACAAAAGCGCCGUGGAGCAUUUAACAGCAAGCAGCUCUUCUAUCUGGAAAAAUAUCAUCCCAAAAUGCGUCUUCGAUUCAAGGACUCCAACGGCCACCGCACCAACUGCUGCAUUCAGUAAAAGCUUGCGCAUCAGCCUUUAUCAAAUGUGUAAUGGAAAUUUGUAUCUAGCAUAAGUAGUUUGUUCUAUUAAUUGAUGUGAAAAUGGCGUUACAAAGAUGAAGCUUAUUUCGUUACAAGUGUCCCGCUCCCUCCUCUUUGUUUUCUGUAUUUUCCUGUGGAGAACCUAUCAGCAAGGUGAAGUGCUUGUUUGAACUUUGAGCUUAGUGUUUUGUGAUGAUGGUGAACAUGGUCAAAUCUCACCUCUGCCAAACACAUAGUAUGCUUUAUAAUCUAAAUUGUUUAAUUAAAAAUACUUCACUUUUUGUUAUCGAUAUGAUUUUUAGUCUCUGUAAUAAAUGCCUGCCUCCAAAAAGAUCUAAAAUAAAUGCCUUAUUACAGCAGAAAAAUGCCGUCUGGUGGAGCAGUUCUCAAUGGCAUUUGGAGAGGUUUCUUGAUGUCUUUAGGAAGAAAAGAAUUAAAUAGAGGAAAAUAAAAAUUCUUUAUAGAAAUAUAUUGAAGGUUGGGGUACUAGUUUUUGUUGUUUAUCCAAACUUCGUUUACCUAUUACUGCCAUGUCAAUAGUGUGAUGUUUGUGUUUUGGCUUAAACUGGACCUCAAUGUCUGCGGUAUUUUUAUGCCUUUUUAUUUGAUGUGCGUAACUUAAUAUUUUGAUAAUUGAUUUAUGUAUGGUAUUUGAAUGUGUAUUAUUAAAUCACCUAUUUAUAUCAGUGGAUAUGUGUUUUAUCAUAGCGAGAGACAAGUUGCUACAUGUUCGCCAAUUUGAGAGUACAAUAAAGAUACACUGAAGGAAA